AUGGCUUCUGCUCCAAGCUCCCCAGAGAGGCCCCAAAAUGGUGAUGCGCCUCGCAGAUUAUCGGAUCAAUUCACCCUGGAGGACCGACGGGUAGCUACAGAUCGGGAUGUGGAUAAUAAGGCUGGACCUGUCCCGGAAGUUGCGGCUGGCAAAAAGCGAUCACAGAGCAGGGGUCCUAUGGCUGGACUGAUGUCUGGGUUAGAGUCGAAGCUGUUUCCAAAGAGUUUCUCUCGUGGAAGAGAUAGUAGUCGUGGACGUACAUCGCGAGCUUCUUCUCUCGACGCCCGAUCUCCCUCCACUGGAUCGCAAAAUGUUCGCUCUGAGCAAAGUAGAGGAAAGCAGGCCGUGAAAGAGCCCAUCAACUUGGACCCUGGUGAGCGGAUGGCCAAGGAUAUGUUUGAUCGUGACAACAACCUCAUCGAGAGUAGUGAGGAUGACGACGAAGAGUCCAGUGGGGAUGAAAGUCCUGAUCCUUCCCGUGGCCGCAAGAAGAAGUACGACAUCACUAUGAUUAGCCCCAGUGAUUUUAAAAAACCGAAGACCCAUUCUCCGGUCUCAGAAGAAGGUGAAAAGCAACCCCACUCACCCUCAUCUGUUGUCGAGGGGAAAAAGCCCCGGAAGUCCGCGUUGAAAGUCACCAUUCGCCCCCAGACAAGCUUCGAUAUCCCAACCCCAUACACGCAAUCAGCGGCUGGCACGCCUUACGGAUCGGAGGAUGAGGCUGAAAAGGAGGACAUCCACCGUGCUCAACGGCUCAGCAUUACAGUGUCUGCCAUCGAUAACAGUGUUCCCAGCCGGUCUAUUCGCACAAUAAUCCGUGGUAACUUUGCCGGCCUACAGGAAGAAGCCGAUGGUGGACGCCGCCGCCAGCGUAAAUACAUCAUUGCAACAGACCUCAGUGAAGAAUCCGUCUAUGCAUUGGAAUGGACCAUAGGCGCUGUUCUCCGGGAUGGUGAUACAGUUUAUGCCAUCUACUGCUUGCAAGAGGAUUUGAAUGGAUCCUCUGUGCAGGUUGGUGAGGGUGGCAAGGCCAUGCAAGAUGCUGCUGCCGUCGUCGGUACCCAAACUAAAGAAGCCGCCCAAAUCUCCGCUCGCAAUCUUCUGGGCCGAUUGGGACCGGGAUCUGCUAGACCCGGAUCUGCCAGUAGUCGUGUUGCCUCCGAUGCUCGAGUGCUUCCUGCAGAAGCUGAACGGGUCAAGGCCGUUGAAACCGUGUCAGACACAUUUGUGAAACUGCUGCGAAAGACACUGUUGCAGGUUCGCGUCGCGGUCGAAGUCAUUCAGUGCAAGAGCCCUAAGUUCAUGAUUACCGAAGCUAUUGACGAGAUCGAGCCCACUUUGGUGAUUGUAGGUGCGCGGGGCCAGAGCGCUUUGAAGGGCGUUCUUCUCGGCUCCUUCUCUAACUAUCUUCUUACCAACUCGUCGGCUCCUGUAAUGGUCGCACGUAGCAAGCUGAAGCGCAACACGUCGAAGGGUAAAACCAUUCGACUUACCAAUAACCUCAGAACUCCCAAGAGCCUCACUCAAGCUAAGGUGGACUGA